GGAGGCGCAGGACGCGGCUGCUCCCUCUCUCAUCCCGUAUAAACUCUUGUGGGGAGUUUCGAUGCAUUUUGUGAGUCGUUUCGUUGAGUGGUGUUUGGUGGCCACUGAAGGCGAUGGUUUUACGGGCCGUAAAAGCGUGCAACGUCUCAGGUCUUCGGCGGGGGCUGACGGGGGGCCUGCAAGUUCUAGGGAGGAAGUGUCGGGGACAGAGUACGUUUUCUGGAGCUCCACGACAGGAGAAGAACUUGAAAGAGCGAAAAGAGGCGGGCAUCGCUGAGAAGAUCACCGCGGUGCAGGAGUUGGCACAGUCGCCUGCAGCACGGAGGAGGACGCUGAUGAAGGAUGAUCACCUACCCUUCUCUGCUUUCUUGACGGACACGUUUGGAAGGAGACACAGCUACUUGCGAAUUUCCUUGACGGAGAAGUGCAACCUGCGAUGUCAGUAUUGUAUGCCAGAAGAAGGAGUGAAGCUGACCCCCCGAUCACAACUUCUGACCUUGGCCGAGAUCAUAUCGCUGGCACGGCUCUUUGUCAAAGAGGGUGUUGAGAAAAUCCGACUGACUGGGGGAGAGCCACUCAUUCGGCCCGAUGUGGUGGACAUCAUUGCGGAACUCAGAAAACUUGAAGGCCUGAAGACGAUUGCUGUGACCACCAAUGGUACAAACCUCACACGCCUCCUGCCGAGCUUGAAAGCAGCGGGUCUGGACAUGCUCAACGUCAGUUUGGACUCUCUGGUCCCUGCCAAGUUUGAGCUGAUCGUACGUAGGAAAGGCUUCCACAAAGUGAUGGAGGGCAUCCACAAAGCUAUUGAGCUGGGUUACAGUCCACUGAAGGUUUGUGAUUCUGCUGAUCAUUGCACGCUAUGUUGUUGGAGAAAUUCAGAUGGGGGUCCUUGUGGGAAGCCAGAAGCUCACUUGUUGCAUCUACAGCAUUUGUAAAGUGGCAAAAAUCCUCUUGAUGACUGUAAUGGAAUGUGCAAGAGCAGUGAGGCGGAGAGAGAUGGAGUGUCCUGUUACGUCCGAUUGGCACCUGUACUGAGAGGAGAGGUCUGCUUUAGUUACUCAGGCCAGGGAGGGGGUUUGAAACCUGAAGGCCCCCUGAGUUUUAUCUCGGGGAGGAUCAGCAGCAGAGAGCAGGCAUCGCCCUGAGAUGGGAGGGGAUGAGUUUUCAGUCUGACAUUCACCUUUGGAAUCACUGAGUGAGAAUCCAUGAUGAGUGGCUGAUUCUAAACACCUUAGUGCUUUGAGCAAGAGAGACGUCUGCCCUGCUACAAUACAUGCAGGGUCAGCCUCUGAGCUUCAGCAAGCAGUGCGCUCCCUGGUGAUGUCGGAUGAGCUCCCACUCUGUGCAGCCCCGCUAGACGACUACAUCGUUUUACUCAUACUAGAUUAGAUAAGGAAGUUCACGAGGCCUAACAGACUGGGCCAUCCUGUGGCGCUCAGUUCUGCAUUAAGUUUCAGAUUUCUUGUUGUGUGGACUCAGUACAAUGGAAUUCUUACUUGCAUGUCGCCUCAGAACAGUUGAGAGCAAUAAUAACAAAGAGA